CCCACCUCUGAAUCUUAGUUUCACCGCUUGAACUUGGGACCCACCGCUGCCCUCAGCUCCGAGUCGGGGCGAGCUCAGAGCGAGUGCCGGAGGCGGAUCCUGAGCGCGUGAGGGCGACAGUCGGUGCGCUGGGCAUGAACCUGGAGGGCGGCGGCGGCCGAGGCGGAGAGUUCGGCAUGAGCUCCGUGAGCUGUGGCAACGGGAAACUCCGCCAGUGGCUGAUCGACCAGAUCGACAGCGGCAAGUACCCAGGGCUGGUGUGGGAGAACGAGGAGAAGAGCAUCUUCCGCAUCCCCUGGAAGCACGCGGGCAAACAGGACUACAACCGUGAGGAGGACGCCGCCCUCUUCAAGGCUUGGGCGCUGUUUAAAGGAAAGUUCCGAGAAGGCAUCGAUAAGCCGGAUCCCCCGACCUGGAAGACACGUUUACGAUGUGCUUUGAACAAGAGCAAUGACUUUGAGGAACUGGUUGAGAGGAGCCAGUUGGACAUCUCAGACCCCUAUAAAGUAUACAGGAUUGUUCCCGAGGGAGCCAAAAAAGGAGCAAAGCAGCUCACACUGGAGGACCCCCAGAUGACUAUGAGCCACCCCUACACCAUGACGGCUCCUUACCCCUCACUCCCAGCUCAGCAGGUUCAUAACUACAUGAUGCCUCCCCACGACCGAAGCUGGAGGGAGUACGUCCCUGAUCAGCCACACCCGGAAAUCCCAUAUCAAUGUCCUGUGACGUUUGGACCCCGAAGCCACCACUGGCAAGGCCCAGCUUGUGAAAAUGGUUGCCAGGUGACAGGAACCUUUUAUGCUUGUGCCCCGCCUGAGUCCCAGGCCCCCGGGAUCCCCAUAGAGCCAAGCAUAAGGUCUGCCGAGGCCCUGGCGCUGUCAGACUGCCGGCUGCACAUCUGCUUGUACUACCGGGAAAUCCUGGUGAAAGAGCUGACCACGUCCAGCCCCGAAGGCUGUCGGAUCUCCCAUGGGCACACCUAUGACGCCAGUAACCUGGACCAGGUCCUCUUCCCCUACCCGGAGGACAAUGGCCAGAGGAAAAACAUCGAGAAACUGCUGAGCCACCUGGAAAGGGGGGUGGUCCUCUGGAUGGCCCCCGACGGGCUUUAUGCCAAAAGACUGUGCCAGAGCAGGAUCUACUGGGACGGGCCCCUGGCGCUGUGCAGCGACCGGCCCAACAAACUGGAGAGAGACCAGACCUGCAAGCUCUUUGACACACAGCAGUUUUUAUCAGAGCUGCAAGCAUUUGCUCACCAUGGCCGUACCCUGCCAAGAUUCCAAGUAACUCUGUGCUUCGGAGAAGAGUUUCCAGAUCCUCAGAGGCAAAGGAAGCUCAUCACUGCUCACGUUGAACCUCUACUAGCCAGACAACUGUAUUAUUUUGCUCAACAAAACAGUGGACAUUUCCUAAGGGGCUAUGAUUUACCUGAACUCAUUAGCAGUCCGGAGGAUUAUCACAGAUCGAUUCGCCACUCCUCCAUUCAAGAAUGAAAAGCAUCAAGACAAGUGAUUUCAUUUCAUUGUAAAUAUCUGACUUGGACGAGAACAGCUGGUUGAACCCCCUCUUUUUCUUCUGAGGAACUUGAAAAUUGGGGCUUCAGCUCAACGCUUGAGGAGACUCUCAGCAAGAAUGUGUGUCAAAUAUCAGCUCCAUAUAAUUGACGGAUGAGCUUAUCCCCAAAGGAAGGAUGGUCUUCAGGGUCUUCUUAUAGACUGCCAUCAUUGAUGAUAACUGUGAAAAUUUACCAAAGGGUGUGUUUACAUUUACUUAAAUGCUAUCUUUAAUUUGA